AGUAGGUCACUGAUUAUAAACAAUAAUUUAAUAUAAGAUGAAUAAAAUGUAAAUUCAGAAAAUAUAUAUAUUUGUUUGUCAAUUAAAACAUUUAGAUACUUUACCUUAUUACUUUUAAAUUUUCUCAUACAUAAUAACACUAAUACAUGGCCUACGAAAAUGCCAAAAAACCAACUAAUACGCGGGCAACGCCGUGACGGGACAGCUAGUGUAGAUAUAUAAUAAAAGAAUAUAUCAAAAAAUUUCCAAGUUAUGAUGAGUCCCAUUACUCCAGGAUAAAAAAUUUGAACAGAAAAUAUUUAUCUUAAAAUUUAUCUUUACUGGUGAAAACUAAUGAGAAAAGGGGGGAACACACGACUGUAAUACAUAACCACAAACCUAUGAGUUAUGGGUUUUUAGUUAAAGCGUCCGAAGAAGUUCCACUAGAGCUUAUCCAGCAAUUCAAUAUACCAACCGCGCCAGUUGUUUAUCGCGGUAGUGAUAGUCGGGAGGAUGUUGCCAGGCAUUUUCUCGAAAAUAUAGUUGAUGUAGGUCGUAAAAUUGAAGAAUUGCUAAAGACGAAUGUCCCUAUAGUUAUGAAUGACCGAGAUACGCGAAAACACAAUGAAAAUAAAAAUUGUAACUUUUGUAAACGCAGUUUCGACACAAACGAGAAAGUCCGCGACCAUUGUCAUCUUACUGGUAGAUUUAGACAAUCUUUAUGCUCUCGAUGUAAUUUAAAAUUAAAACAACCGAAAUUUGUCCCCUGUUUUUUCCACAAUUUAUCUAAUUAUGACGCCCACUUUAUUGUAACUGAAUUAGGCUAUGACGCUAAUAGUAUAAAAGUUAUUGCUAAUAGCGAAGAAAAAUGUAUUUCAUUUUCAAAAUAUAUCAGUAGGACGUUUACUAUACGAUUCGUAGACACAUGCAGGUUUAUGGCAUCAAAGUUGGAUACUCUAUCCAAAAACCUUUUAACUCGAGAUUUUUCGAAAUUCCGCGAGACAGCAAAAUUUUUUGAUGCCCGGGAUAUGCCACUAGUCACCCGUAAGGGUGUAUAUCCAUACGAGUAUACGGAUGGCUGGGAUAAGUUGGACGAGCCGAGUCUACCACCAAAAGAAGAAUUUUAUAGCACGCUCAAGGAGGAGGGUAUUAAGGAUGUACACUACGAACAUGCUAUGGAGGUAUGGAGGCACUUUGAAUGCAGAACGCUGGGCGAAUACAGCGAUUUGUAUUUCAAAAUUGACGUUUUGUUGCUCGCGGAUGUUUUUGAAAAUUUCCGCGAUCUAUGCAUGAAAACGUACAAUUUAGAUCCGGCAUUUUAUUAUACGGCCUCAGGAUUCAGCUUCGAUUCGAUGUUGAAAUAUACAUCGGUGAAAUUGGAACUGUUGACCGAUUAUGACAUGCUACUAUGUAUAGAAAAAGGUAUACGCGGUGGAUUGGUGCAGGCUAGCAUGCGGUAUGCUAAGGCUAAUAACCAUAAGGUGCCUGAUUAUGACGAAACUAAACCGAAAUCAUGGCUUGUCUAUCAAGACUGUAAUAACCUUUAUGGCUGGGCUAUGGCAGAAUGUAUGCCCUAUGGAGGUUUUAAGUGGGUUGAAGCCAAGCUCGAUGGUCUUAACGACUUGGACCACAACUCGCCGAUCGGACGGAUGUAUGAGGUUGAUGUAACGUAUCCAGCAGAACUGCAUGAUCAGCAUAAUGAUCUACCAUUUCUGCCUCAAAACGGAAUACCCGAUGGCUCGAAAGUAAAAAAACUGAUGGCGACCUUCGAGUCAAAAAAAAAUUAUGUCGUACAUUACCGUAAUCUCCAGCAAGCCAUUAAAAACGGGUUGAUAGUUGAAAAAGUGCAUAGGGGGUCCUACAAUUCAACCAAUCCCUGGCUUGCCGAAUUUAUAAAUUUAAACACCGAAAUGAGAAAAAAAGCUUUGAACGAUUUUGAGAAAGACUUCUUCAAGCUUAUGAAUAAUAGUAUUUUUGGUAAGACUAUGGAACAAGUUAGACGAAGGAUACUAAUGGAGCUUGUUUCAAACGAAGAUAGAGUGCAGAAACUUAUCAACUUGACCACAUUUAAAUAUGCGACACCAUACAACGAAAACCUGAGUGCUGUAACAAUGGAGAAAAAAAUUAUAAAAUUCGACAAACCUAUUUAUAUUGGCUUAGCAGUGUUGGAUAUAUCAAAGACAAAAAUGUACGACUAUCACUACAACGUGAUGAAGAGGCAUUAUGGUGAUCAAAUCGAGCUGAUGUACACUGACACCGAUUCACUGGUAUAUUAUAUCCACACUGAUGACUUUUACGAAGAUCUUGCAAGGAACGCCAAUCUACUCGACCGUAUGGAUACUUCUAAUUUACCACGAAACCAUCCGUGUUAUAUUGCUGAGAGGAAAAAGAUCCCGGGUCUAUUUUCAGAUGAGACUGACGGCCAUAUUAUGACGGAGUUUUGCGCACUCCGUGCUAAAUCCUACGCUUAUAAAAUCCAAGGAUUGGAUGAUAUGAAUGUGAAGGAGCAGAUCCGUGCAAAAGGCGUGAGGGGUCAUGUGGUUAAGAACCAUAUGACAUUUGAGGGUCAUCGGGCAUGUUUGUUUGAAGGUAUGGAGCCGGGUGUCAAUAAUAGACAGCUGAAUAUGUGUAUACGUUCAUUCAAACAUCAAUUGACGACUGUCCAGACCAAUAAAAUAAUAUACAACAAUUAUGAUGAUAAGAGGGUGAUACUAGAAGAUAAAAUCCAUACCCUAGCUCACGGUCAUUUUAGAAUAGAGGACGCAGAGUUGGCUGAAAUUAUGGUCGAAAACGAAUUUUAGGCCUUGUGUAAAAUUUUUAAAAUACUCUGUACAUAAAUAGUGUAAAAUGAAAACAAUUUCAUGACAUAUAAUUGUAUAUAUUUUAAUUUGUAAAUACUUUGACAUAAAUAGUUUAAAUUUUAUACCAGAUAUUUGUAUAUACUUUGUAUUAAAAUGUUUACCUUGUAAA